CGCGUACCUACUCAGAAGUGUGGCCGCACAACUUGCAUCGCACUAUCUGUAGACGCUCGACCCACGGUGUUUUGUCUACUACCGCGUGUUAUUACAUUGACAGUGGCACCGUUGCGCUUGCAGUAUUGCACUCGCACUUGUAAGAUGAUACUGCAAUCCUGUCCGCACUGCAGGAGCUCGUGCCAAUAUGUCUCUCAUCUUCCCUCGCACCAGCACAUACUCCGGCCCACCUCGUAUCCUGACUGGUCUGCUAGACUAACAUCCCCAGCCAUGGCCGAAGGCACGGCCGCGCCCAGAGCUGCACGCGUCUAUGCUGGGGGCAGGCUGGGCGGGCCUGGGUGGCAGCUGGGCGGUCCUGGGCGGCAGCUGGGCGGUCCUGGGCGGCAGCUGGGCGGCCCUGGGCGGCAGCUGGGCGGGCCUGGGCGGCAUCUGGGUGGGGGCUGGAGUGGAGGUAUUUUCUGGAUCUUUGUUGCUGUUGACACCGGAUGCUGGUGCCGGUAGCAACCCCGCCGCCGCGGCCGCAGCUGACAACGCCGGCACCACCACCACCACCACCACCACCACCACCACCACCAUCACCACCACUGACACCAACAGCAGCAGCAACAACAGCUCCAGCAGCAGCAACAACAGCGACAGCCGCAGCCACAGCAGCAGCACCACUGCGGUGGUUGACGGCGGCGACAGCAACAGCGGCAAGCCCGGAGCUGCCGGGGUCAGCGACGGCGGUGACACCACUGCUCACGCGCUCGGCAGGGCGGGCAAGCGCGGCGGAGACAGGAAGGCGGGGGGUGGCGGCAGCAAGGCCGGCAGCCAGGGCACCACUAGGUCGGGACAGGCGGCGGCGGCAGACACAACAAUGGACGACCUGCAGCAGCAGGACCUCGACAGCGCAAGCGAUGAGGACAUGGGCGGAGACGAGAUUGAGCCUCUGUCGCUUGAGCGUGCGCUGCAGCAGUCGUCGGCCGCCGCCGCAGGCGGAACACAGCCCCAGGCCCCCGCGGCCACCUAAUGCGUAAGCGCCGACAGCAACACGGCCACGUACUCCAGCCGUUGCGGAUUGCAACGCAUAACGUACGCGGCCUCCUGUCGCGGCGGGGAGGCAUCCCCGACGCCACACGUCUGAUUGCACUUAUGAAACCCUGGGAAGCAGCAAAGCUUGACGUCAUCUGCUUACAGGAAACCAGGGUGACAUCAGAUCUGAUCGAAAC